GGAAGUGGUGGCGGCUGCGCGCGGGGCCGGCGGCUGUUAGCGGUGGGUCGCGGCCGGGCGGGCGGCGGGUGGGCCCCGGGCACGGCCCCGGUGCCGGUCGGUGCCGGAGGGGUCCCCUUGCGGCCCCCGGGCCCCUCGCUAAAAGCUGUGCGUUUGUGUCGUUGCAGGUGGCCGGCACCCGAGCGUUUCUGUGUGGAGAGCCCCUGCCUCGGCGCGGCCCCGGCGGGGUUUGCUUGUUGUUAAGUAGUCCGCGGAGCCGUGUGGCGUCGCGCCUCUUCCUCCCCUCCCUCCCGAGAAACAAGGGUAGCUGCUCUGUGAGCCAUCACAUACCAACCUCAUUUACCCCUAAGAUUGUCAUCAGCUCCUUUUUAUUUUUGUUUUCUUCUGAGGCCUUACUGAGUUCAUGAUACAUCAGAAGCUGUAGAGCUCUGUGCUCCCUGUGGGUUGUACCUUAAGCCCAUUACAAAAAUGACCAUCAGUGUGGCACUUCCUCAGCUGAAACAACCGGGAAAAUCUAUUUCGAACUGGGAAGUGAUGGAAAGGCUGAAAGGGAUGGUGCAAACCCACCAGUUUUCCACUCUGCGGAUAUCUAAAAGUACGAUGGAUUUCAUCCGGUUUGAAGGAGAGGUUGAAAACAAAAGCUUAGUCAAGUCUUUUCUGGCGUGCCUCGAUGGCAAAACAAUAAAGCUGAGCGGCUUCUCUGACAUCCUGAAAGUCCGCGCUGCAGAAUACAAGAUUGACUUUCCUACCAGGCAUGACUGGGAUUCGUUUUUCCGUGAUGCAAAAGAUAUGAAUGAAACUUUGCCAGGCGAAAGGCCGGAUACCAUCCAUCUGGAAGGCUUACCCUGUAAAUGGUUUGCAGCAAAGGACUCAGGCUCAGAAAAACCAAGUGAAGAAGUCCUUAUAAAGGUUUUCAGGAAGUUUGGAGAAAUACGUAACGUGGACAUACCCAUGCUGGACCCUUACAGGGAAGAAAUGACCGGCAGAAAUUUCCACACCUUCAGUUUUGGAGGCCAUUUAAAUUUUGAAGCCUAUGUGCAAUAUCAGGAGUAUGCAGGCUUCAUUAUGGCCAUGAACGCUCUGCGAGGAAUGAAGCUGAUGUUCAAAGGUGACGAUGGCAAAGCUGUGGCUUGCAAUAUAAAGGUUUCUUUUGACUCAACAAAACACCUCAGUGAUGCAUCAAUUAAGAAGCGUCAGCUUGAAAGGCAAAAACUUCAAGAGCUUGAAAAGCAGAGAGAAGAACAAAAACGCAAAGAGAAAGAAGCUGAAGAAAAACAAAAAGAGGAAGAAAGGAAGCAGAGAGAGCUUGAAGAAUAUGAGAGAGAAAGAAAAAGAGAAGAAAAGUUGCGUAGAAGAGAACAGAAACAGAAGGAUCGUGAACUUCGACGAAACAAAAAGCAACUUGAAAAACUUCAAGCUGAAGAGCAGAAAAAACUGCAAGAGAAGAUAAAGCUGGAAGAAAGGAAGCUCCUGCUAGCUCAGAGAAAUCUUCAGUCCAUUAGGCUAAUUGCAGAACUGCUAAGCAGGGCAAAGACUGUAAAGCUUUUGGAGCAAGAACAAAAUGAAGAAAAGAUCCGUCUUCAGCAACUAGAGGAGAGAAGAAAGCUUCAGGAGGCUGAGCUCAGACGGGUGGAAGAAGAAAAAGAGAGAGCACUGGGUUUGCAGAGAAAAGAAAAGGAACUGAGGGAGAAACUACUGAACAAUCUUCUGAACAAGAAAAUGGAAGCAGUUAAUCAAAGCAAUGAAGAAACGGAGCCCUCUCAGUCUGACUUGCUGAAAACUGCUAGCGGUGCUCCCCACACUGUGUCAUCCAGCUGCAUCACUUCUACCUCGGGACAGGCUGCUACAGGCAAGCUGGUGUCAGGCUCUCAAAGAGAAGUAGCAUCCCCUGAGAGUCAGUGCAAGUAUUUGAAUGGCAAUACUCAUGACCGAGCUCAUGUCAAAGAAGGUCAGAAACUUCAUACCACCAACUCAGAGAGGUGUUCUGAGAAAAGAAGUUCAGGAGUACUCUCGUGUGUUCCUGCCAGUGACCAGCAGCAUAAGAGCCUCUCUAGCUACGACCAGAAUAGCUGCAGGAAGGACUCACGUGGUGAGCAGGGCAAACGUGGCACGGAGGCAAGGAGAAGGAAGAGCCGUUCGUGUAGCAGCAUAAACACUGAUGACAGUAAAGGUAAACGAGAGAGAAGCAGGCACAGAAGAGAUGGGAGCAGUUACCGGGAUGAAAAGCGCAGGAAGGAGAGGAGGUAUUAUAGACGCUCUAGCAGAAGUCACAGUCCUCGACGAAGUCACAGUCCUCGUCGAAGAAGCGUAAGCCCCAGACGUUCACGUUAUAGAAGAAUUCGCAGUAGCGAACGUAAACGAGACAGAAGAGAAAGAAGUCGUAGUCGCAGAAGCUUGAGCAGGAAGCGAAGAUACAGGAGGAGAUCACUGAGUAAGCAACGGAGUACGUGGAGUGGGUAGUGGAGGCCUGGACUGUUUGGAAAGGCUGUGGACACAAGGGCCAGAAAGUUGUAAACGAGACCUCAUUGGUGUGACUGCUGUAAGAAAAUGCUUCUGUUUCAACCAAUGCCUAAUAUGCAUAUAGUCCCUGAAAUCAAGAAAAUAGAUACCUGAUUUUUUUAAGUUC